AUGAAUCACUCAAGCCCGCCACCGGACACCAAGCAGAUGCGCGAGGAAGAUAUCGGAGCGCACAAGGAGAGCGCGCACGAUGCUGCUGAGAGAGGACAUGCGGCGACAGACAACUACGGCCGCGCCCUCGUAACGUUCGACCGCGCCGCCGAACGCCGCCUUCGUCUAAAGAUCGACCUGUACAUCGUGCCUACGGUGGCGCUGCUGUAUCUAUUCUGCUUCAUUGACCGGGCGAAUAUCGGCAACGCCCGCCUCGCCGGCCUAGAAGAAGACCUCCACCUCGACCCGGAAUCCUACGACUACAGCACCGUCUUGUCGGUGUUUUACGUCUCGUACAUUGUGUUUGAAAUCCCGUGUAGUCUGUUGAAUAAGUGGAUUGGGCCGGGAUGGUUCAUUCCGGCUACGACGCUCGGGUUCGGGAUUUGCUCGUUGGGGACGGCUUUUGUUCAUACUAAGGGGGAGGCUGCUGGGGUGAGAUUCGUUCUGGGAAUCUUCGAAGCCGGCAUGCUACCGGGUAUUGCCUACUACCUGAGCAGAUGGUAUCGUCGAAGCGAGCUCGCCCUGAGAUUGUCGUUGUACAUCGUCAUGGCUCCUCUGGCGGGUGCUUUUGGUGGGCUUCUGGCCUCUGCGAUUCUGACCCUAGAUUCGGUCGGGAGUGUCAGGAGCUGGCGGAUGAUCUUCUUGAUAGAGGGGAUCAUCACUAUCGGUCUGGCCAUUAUCGCUUUCUUCACGCUUACGGAUCGGCCUGAGACUGCCAAGUGGCUGAGUCAGGAUGAGAAGGAUCUGGCGAUUGCUAGGGUGAAGUCGGAGCGUGUCUCCACCACCGAAGUGCUGGACCACAUCGACGUCAAGAAGAUCCUCAUGGGCAUCUUCAACCCUGUCGUCCUCUCAACCUCCUUCAUCUUCCUCCUCGACAACAUCACCGUCCAAGGCCUCGCCUUCUUCGCCCCAACCAUCGUCGCGACAAUCUACCCCGAAGCCUCCGUCGUUUCGCUCCAACUGCACACCGUACCUCCAUACGUCGUCGGAGCCUUCUUCACCGUCCUCCUCCCCCUCCUCUCAACCAUCUUCGACAAACGCCUCAUCUUCAUGAUCAUCUCCGCCCCUUUCAUGAUGGUCGGAUACAUCAUGUUCCUCGCCACCGAAGCCUCCAUGGUCCGCUACGGCGCCACCUUCCUCAUCGCCAUCGGCGCCUUUUCCUUUGGCGCCCUCUGCAACGCCCAGGGAUCCGCGAACGUCGUCUCAGAUACCUCGCGCUCCGCCGCUAUCGGCACGAUCGUAAUGUUCGGCAACAUCGGCGGCCUCAUCUCCACCUGGACCUUCCUGCCCUUCGACGCGCCCAACUUCCCCAUCGGCAACGGUUUGAACCUCGCCACUUCCAGUAUAAUUUUGAUCGCGUCGAUCUGCACGCUGCUGUUCAUGAAAGCGGAUAACAAGCGACGCGCGAAGAAGGACGUCGAGGCCGAGUUGGCGGGCAAGGGGCAGAAGGAGAUUCAGGAUUUGGACUGGAAGCAUCCGGGGUUUCAGUGGAGGCCGUGA